AUGCGUCAUCUAUCAAAUCUGUUCAUAGCUUUCCUAGGCAUCACUUCAAUCACUGCUUCCCAAUCAUCCAAUGCCACCAAUGUCUGCAUAGAUGCACUCCUGUCAGAGCCCGGUAACGCCAAGGACUUUUGUAUACAAUAUCUACUGUUGAGCACUAUCCCUGUCCCUUCAUUCGCCUCGCCAUGUUUGGGUACCAAUCCGUCUGAAAAUCAGCUAUUCAGAUCUUGUUACGAGGUGCUUACUCAGUUGAAGAAAGAGGUCCCACUACCUACAGCUUUGCAUUUCGACGCAAUUGAUAAGCCUUCCAAGCGUGCGGAAUCGUUACAUCGUGAUGGAGGCUUCUUCAAUACGGGAAGUGUUUCAUCAGUAUCGACCAGCGUUGGCACAUAUGAUAGCAUUGGGUGUUUUGAGGAUGGCGUUCGAGGCAAACCUAUGGGUUCCCCCCUGCUUAACCUGACUGAAGGCCCUGCGGAGACAAUUCAAAGUUGUGUGAAUGCUUGCUCUACUAUGGGACGAAAUGGACUACCGUACCUCUAUGCCGGUAUAGAGCCUGGAUCUUGCUGGUGCUCGAAUUACAUUUCGAUACUCUCCAUUAGAAGCGCUUCAUUUUGUCAAUCAAGCUGCCCGUCGAAUUCCGGCAGAUACUGUGGGGGUUUCGUAGGCUCGAUACCUCACAUGCAGAUAUACGAACUGAAGGAUUGGUCUGGAAACGUCAGUCCUACGUCGACGACAUCUGGAAGGACAGCAUCUAGUUCUUCGUUGAGGUCUUCCACUGAGUCAUCCAGCUUAAAGUCCCAGUCGCGGACAUUGAUGUCUUCAUCCAGCCUUUCGACUUUAUCUUCGAAAACAACGAGCACUCAAAAAUCAUCUUCCAGCUCGAUUCGCUCCCCGGAUAUCUCGGUAAUUUCAACUACAAGCACCGCUAGAAACUCGAGCUCUUCACUGUCGAGUACUCCUCAAAAUACUUUCACGACCGUAUCUCCGACCGAAGUAAAAAUCAGCUCGAGCAGUUCAAUUGCAUCUAGUCUGUUAUCGAGUAGCCCAAGUAGCUUUUCCCCGUCUUUCACUUCUGUCGUAAUUGCAUCAUCUCCGAGCCUAAAUUCGGUAUCUUCCAGUUCAAGUCUAUCAACCUCCCAAGUGCUAGCACCCAGCUCAAGCAGCAUCAACAGUCUCUCCUCUCCUCCGCCCUACAUUUCCGAGUCUGUAGCCAGUACAUUAACAACUUUUGAACUUCUCAUAACAAGCGAAAUAUCAUCCACCUCUCUCCCUCCAAUUGCCGGACCGUCACCCACAACAAAUACAUUUGGCCUAACCCCCGAUUCCCCAAGUAUUCCACCUAUUGUUGGUCCCACUGGCACCGAACCCUACACACAAUUCUCCGGUACUUUCGCUUCCCCAGGUGAAGUAUCUACCACAGAUAAGCCUAAUCCGUGGGCGUCUCUAUCUCUUGAAGAGCCAAAUUAUUAUACACAAAUACCUAGCGACGCAAUUGCAGGCUAUGUAGAACCAACAACAACUGUUUCAACUGUAUCGAGCGAGACUCUUUUCUCUAAUUUUCCUCCACCUUUUCCACCCAGGAAAGUCAAACGCGAAUACAACAUCAACGCCCCUGAUAGCCCCUGGAAGAGCCUCCUUCCCCUAACUUCCCCAGAAAUCGUCAAAGAAGUUCCCCUUGAACAAGUCCCCGGCUGGGAACAACAACUCAUAUCUCUGCCUUCCUCAAGAUCUAAACGUGGAUACGAUAUCAACGCUCCUGAUAGUCCCUGGCCCCCCCUCCUCCCGCUUUCCCGCCCAGAAAUCAUCAAAGAAGUCCCACUGGACCAAGUAUCCGGAUGGCAAGGCCAACCAUCUGCUCCUCUCAUCCCCGACUCCGAUGUCCCUCCAAGACCCAAACCCAAAAACAGACUUCACCGCCGCCAAUUCGGACCCAUCCCCGAUGACGCUCUCGAACCACCCGGCCGUCCGGAUUUCAUUAAAAAGUUCCCAGAGAAAAAUAAUAAUAAACCAGUUCUCCCACCCUUUGAUAGGAUAAAAGAACCCGUUGAUCCGAAAACGGGAAAGAAAAUAACGAAGUCAAAACCGAAGUAUAGUCACUCUAAGAUUAGUUUGAAGAAACGGCCGAGUUUAAAGGAUUUGAAGCUACAACAAAAUGGGCGCCCAAUCGAUCAAUCAGACGGAACUACAAACGAAGUUUCAAAGAAAGAAAAAGAUCCCAAACAUGAUCAUAAACUCCAUCUUCAAGGCACCCCAAAGGCAUACACGGAAAUGGUAGAGAAAAUGGCGAGAAUAGAAAAGGGGAGGGUGAAGAAUAAGGUCGAGGAUUGGCAGAAGAAGAUUUUCCAGGGCUUUGGGAGGGGUUGGGAUGAGAAUGAACCGUUCUUGAGAGAAGCUGUUAUUAUUAACAAAAUAUUGUUGAAUGAGGAAGAGGAUGGGGAUAAAGAAGAUGAUGACGAAAUCGGAUUUGGAGAAAAUGAAGUAGAGGGAAGAAGAGUGGAAGGAAGAUACAGUUGA